UCCAGCAACCAGCAACCCUUCUCUGCCGCGGUUCCGCCUCUUGGUAUUCAAAGAACGGCAAUAUUCCCGCUACCGGAACCCCGCUCACCAACUUAUUUGAAACCCUCCAUUUGAAAAAAAAGUUUGCACCAAAAUUUUAUCUUGCUCCACAGAUUAUUUACUUUGGCAACUCCCAUCAAUCAAUUCUAGCUAAUUGAGAAAUACCGACCUCCUAAAAUUUCUGCAGCUGCCAAACCAGUAAGCUUAUUCUUCCAUUUUACUUGUAUUACGCACACUGAUCAAGUUGAAAUGCUUUGGUCAUUUAUUUCUUCUUUAUUUUGUUUUUUCCAAGAAUUUGUUUAUGCUGCUUGUGGACUUACCGAAAGUCAGUAAUACUAAAUCAUUAUCUGGAGAUGAUAUGGCGGUUGAGAUAUAAAUUCUGGAAAGCUUUAGAGCUCAAACCCACUUCAUAUUUUCUUGUAAAGAGCCAACCUUUGGUUGCGAUUCACUAUCUUGCUUCACCACUUCAGAGUCCAACAACUGAAAAGCACAAAAAGUUUGAGACUUUUUUGACUAGGGAAGAAUUUUAUAGCAAGAGUUCUGGAAAUAUAGUGCUCAAUCCUCACAUUGUGCAAAAAACUUUGAUAGAUUGCCGUUCGGAUGUAGUUGCUUUAAGCUUUUUCUUGUGGUGUGCUCGCCAGCCAGAUUAUUUCCAUGAUAGGGCCGCCUUUUCUCAUAUGGUGAAUGUAGUUUCUCGGCUUAUUCAAAGAUUCUCCACGCUUGGAGGAAUCCUUGAGGAAUUAGCUCAUGUUGGUUGUGCGACAAAACCUCAGACUUUGCUGCUUUUGUUGAGAAUUUUCUGGUAUGGGAAAAUGUAUGAGCUAGUUUUCGAGGCUUUUGAGGAAAUGCUGCGCCAUGGUUACACCCCAAAUACUUUUGCUCGCAAUAUCGUUGUGGAUGUGCUGUUUAAGAUUGGGAAGGUUGGCGCAGCGCUUAAAGUUUUGGAGGAGACUGAGGUACCAAAUUUUUUGUCAUUUAGUAUUGCCGUAUGUAAUUUGUGCAAGCUCAAUGAUUUGAUUAACAUGCGCAAUGUGCUUAGGAACAUGUUGAGAAAUGGUUAUUCUCUUAAUCCUGAGACUUUUUUGUCUGUGUUGAAUUGUUAUUGCAAAUUGGGUAGACUGGAAGAGGCAUUGCAGCUAUUAAGUCUUAUGAUUACUUUGGGUGUUCCUACCUCUGUGAGUGUGUGGACUGUGUUAAUUGAUGGAUUCUGUAAGCCUGGCCAACUUGAUGUUGCGAGUUUUUUACUGGACAAAAUGGUUCAGAGUGGAUGUUCUCCAAACAUUGUGACAUGCACUUCUUUAAUUAAAGGAUUUCUAGAAGCUAAGAUGCCUAACAAGGCUUUUAAGAUCUUAAGUACCAUGGAGUCCAGGGGAUGUUAUCCUGAUUUGUUUCUUUGCAAUGUAUUAAUAGAUCGUCUAUCUAAGAUGGGAAGAUAUGAUGAAGCACUUGAUUUCUUCUUUAAUCUGCAAAAACAAGGAUUAAUCCCCGAUCCUUACACUAUAUGUUCUAUUUUGUCUGCCAUCUGUUCUUCUCAGGAGUUUCUUCUUCUACCUUUAUUAAUCAGUGGACUGGUCAUAGAACCUGACUUAGUGAUGUGUAACUCCCUUCUAAAUUAUUUCUGCAAGGCCGGUCACCCAACUGGCGCCAUUGAGUUUUACAAUGACAUGAUACACAGGGGUUUUAAGCCAGAUAAAUAUAGUUAUGCUGGAUUACUGAGUGGACUUUGCAGGUCAGGUAGGAUUCACGAGGCAGUUAAUGUGUAUAAUGGUAUUGUUCAAGAACAUCUUGGCCUUGAUGCUCAUCUUCAUACCAUAAUCAUUGAUGGGCUUAUAAAAACUGGCAACUUCCACAGUGCAAUCAAAUUUUUCAGGAAAGCUGGUCUAGAAAAUUUCCCUCUGGAUGUUGUGUCCUAUACUGUAGCCAUCAAUGGACUCCUAAAGGGCGGUCGAGCUGGAGAGGCAUAUAAUUUGUUUUUCCAAAUGAAGGACCUUGGUAUAACUCCUAAUAUAUACACAUAUAAUCUGGUACUCUCUGGUUUCUGCAAGGAUAGAGAUGUCAAAAUGAUUAAAGGAAUUCUUCAAGAAAUGUCUGAUGUGGGGGUGGAGAUAGACAACGGUACAUUAAAUUUGAUGAAAAGUUUCCUCUACAAAUGGCACUGCUACCGUCCAGUAUUUGAGCUUUUUGUGGAGUUGUGGGAUUCUGGAUUGCUGCCAAAGAAAAUGUAUGCUUUAUUGACUGAUGAACUUGGUCGUGGUCUUUUAGCUGAUGAUGCACCUAAAAAGUUCCAGAAGCUGGCAUUGUAGGCUCAGAUGAAUUGUGCGGUUUGGCUGCUUCAGUAGGUUGACAUAAUGCCUGGGAGAGACUUGGCUUUGUAGUUUUCGCUGACUGCAUAAUUUCUUCUCCUCAGACAGCUGUGUCAUUGUGUCAUCCACUACAUCUUAGCUCAGACCAGGGUUAAAGAUUUUAUUGAGAUCUUGCAGUCUGAGGCUUGCAGCUGCAGGUCUUCUGAGGUUUCAAGUGAAUUUCCAAAACUUUCACCGCUAUAAGCUAAGAGGGAGCUGAUUAUAGGUAAGAUUGCACUUUUCCUGUUUAUGCAUACGAGGUAGGAUUACAUUUGAUAAUUUGAAUCGGUAACACCUUGUCUGCAUGUAGGUAAUUUAAAGUCAUACAUGAUUCAGAAUCUAAUGUGAUAAACAAUUUAAAGUAUUGUUCUUAUGUUCUAUUGGCAUAACAAUUAGGCUCAUGAUUCUUUAUGGAAAAGUAGAAUGGAGCUGAGUUCACUGGAAGUUUUUCUACUUUGGCUAUAAAGGAGCUUCAGUAAAAGUAUGUUCAUCCAUAUGAUAGAACCGGUUCACCCAUUAGACUUGCACAAGAUUCAGUCUGAUCAACUUGGUUCGUCUAAAAGCUUACAAUGGUAUGUUACUUUGAUUUAUGUUUAUGUUUGGUUUCGACCCCUUGAUUUUGACAUACUUUUCAGUAUAUUGGUUGCUGCCUACAGGUGCAGAGUAAUAAAAUUUUAAGGUCUGUGCAGAAGCUCUGCGCAUUGGCAACAAUACUGCAGUUGAACCUUAUUGCAAAAAUAAUGGGAAGAAGACAGAAGAUGAACUAAUCAUUUUACCUUCAAUAUGUGAAUCAUUGCGUGUUCGGGGGUUGCAUUGUUAUUUAGUCCAUAGAUCAAGAGAUGGGCUUGCACAGUUCAUGCAAUAAUCCAGCGUGACAUUGUAUUCCAGUUCUGUUGUAUGACAAUAUGAUACAUUAAUUUCUCUGACAGCCCCAAAGCGGCUUGGUUUCAAGAUGUAAAUACUUUAUUGACUUCCCAAGCACAUGCAGCAGAAGAUGGGAUGGUCAUCUGAAAUCCCAUACGGCAGAAUAGUUUGAUCAAGUGGAGCAUUAUUGUUCAACUGGAUGAACGGUGUCAAUCCUGAAAUGCGAUAUUCUGAGCUUGGAACAGAUGAUGUAUGUUGUUGGCUGGCAUUCUGUCAUGAGAAUUCGUGGUCGGCUCUCCGAAUUCAGUAUGGCGAAAAUGAUAUGUUGGUCCAUCUAUUUGGAAUUCGGCCUUACAACGGAGAGAUGCAAAUAAAUUGAUGUUGUUGGUCAAUCGAAAUACCCAUCUAAUAUUUAUCUAGCUUAUAUGA